CACACACACACGUACGUAUGCGCGCAUGCACUGCGGUGGUGUGUGUUGAAUGUGACUGGUGUGCUGUGUACAGUGAUAGUGGAGGAAGUGAUGAGCGGGAAUGGGAGCACGGAGAGAGUGGAGAGAGCAGAUAGAGUGGGUAUGCUGCUGCUGGAACCCACAAUUCCCACCACCACUACCACCACGGUUGCUAUGGUGCGUAAGCCCCCUCAGCUCUUCCCCACAGUCGACGUCCCUGAUCACGCACACUACACUAUUGGUGCUGUAAUCUUCGCCAUCGGCAUCACUGGCAUCGUGGGCAACUUUCUGGUUAUCUAUGCUUUCACCAGGAGUCAUACUCUAAGGACACCUGCCAACAUGUUUAUAAUAAACCUGGCCAUCACAGACUUCUUAAUGUGUGCCACCCAGACUCCAAUAUUCUUCGCAACCAGUAUGCACAAGAGAUGGAUCUUUGGAGAGAAAGGUUGUGAGCUGUACGCAUUCUGUGGGGCUCUGUUUGGGAUCUGCUCCAUGAUCACUCUCAUGGUCAUUGCAGUAGAUCGUUACUUUGUCAUCACGCGACCCCUAAGCUCCAUUGGCAUGCUGUCUAAGAAGAGGGCACUACUUGUCCUGACAUGUGCCUGGGUGUAUUCUCUGGGCUGGAGUCUGCCACCCUUCUAUGGCUGGAGUGCCUAUGUUCCUGAAGGUCUGAUGACUUCUUGUACAUGGGAUUACAUGACCUUUACUCCCUCAGUUCGGGCAUACACAAUGCUGCUCUUCACCUUUGUCUUCUUCAUACCUCUUAUUGUCAUCAUCUACUGCUACGUGUUCAUAUUCCGUGCCAUUCGAAACAGCAAUCAAGAUGUGACGAAGAUGGACAGGUACAAUAUCAGAAACAAGGUGAAGAGAUUCAGCAAGAUGAAGACAGAGUGGAAAAUGGCCAAGGUUGCCCUGAUUGUCAUUCUGUUAUACGUCAUCUCCUGGUCUCCUUAUUCAAUUGUGGCCCUUACCGCGUUUGCUGGUUAUGCAGAUCUGUUGACACCGUAUAUGAACUCGGUACCUGCUGUAAUAGCCAAAGCUUCAGCGAUCCACAAUCCCAUCAUUUACGCCAUCACUCAUCCCAAAUACAGAGUGGCUAUAGCAAAGUAUAUCCCAUGUCUACGUGUGCUGCUGUGUGUUUCUCAGAGGGAGCUUCACUCUCUCAACAGCAGUUUUAUAUCUAUCAGACUUUCCACUGCAAACAACCAAGCCUCAGACGUGUCUGGGAACUUAAGCAGUACAGGCAAAUCCUACAUCUCUUCUGACUCUAGCAGUGAAGCUGAAGGAAACGACAGCAUGAAUGGUGCUGCAAUCCAGAUCCCCUGAACCGUGGUCAUCUCUUGAGUCAGGCCUGUUUCUGACUUCUGGGAAUUGACAUAUUGUGUUAUUGUACUCUUUGCUGUGUCAGUAAAUGACUGGUUGUUGUUGGUUCACAUAUUCAUAUUAAUUGACACUAAUUAGUUAAUAGUUUAUAUAUAUAUAUAUAUAUAUAUAUAUAAAGUGAUUAGUUUUAUAAUAAGGUGGUAAUGUCAGGCUACCUGUGUGGAAAGAUGCAACCAACAAUCUCCAACCCAAUGUCAUUUUCUUUUUAUUAUUUUAUUUUGGAAUUAUACAGUGUAGUGCUAAUUCUGCUUGAUUUCGACUAUGUUUUCUUUAUAAGAGUAAGUUAAUAUGUAUGUGAAAGUAUGUAUCAAACCUCACAUCAAACAGGGAUUUAUGCAGAUUUAUAAGUGUUCUAUAAAUGUGGUUGUGCUUAUUUAUUUUUUUAAUAAAGCUAUAAUAUUC